AUGAUAAGACAGUCGAUACGAAGAGUCCACAAUAGUCUAAAAGAUAUACCGUAUGAACCAAUACCCAAGAAUAAAUACAAUGCAAAAAGAUCAGGUUUCAAUUUCAAUCCAAAAACUCAACAAGGUCUUAUUUACAAUCCCCCAGCAGCAAUAAUAAGUCCACCAAUGCAAACACCAUACAUUUUCUUACCACCAAAUGAUCCAAGAAGAGAACUUGCAAAACAAAAUCAAAUAUCUCAUGAUAUAAUAUUGGAUAUGCCAAUAAUAAGACAAUUUAAAGCUCCAAAUGAAAGAGAAUAUAAUAUAACGGCAGAAACCAUAGAAACUAUAAAGAAAUUAAGAAAUGAUGAUCCAAUAAAAUGGAAUUUUAAAGAAUUAAGUAAAAAAUUUAAUAUUGAAUUACCAAAAUUAAUAUAUUUUUUUAAAACUGAACUUUCAAAACAAAAAAGAAUUGAAACUCAGAAGAAUAUACCUAAAUUUAUAACGGAUAGACAGAAAAGAAAACAAAUAAAGCAUAAUAAAAAUCAGAAUAGACGAAGAAAUCAAAAUAAUGAUAGACCAAAAACAGAAGGUCCGAAAAGGGAAGCUAUAUUAGAUUUAAAUAAAUAUAAAGAUCAAGAAAUAAGAGUAAGGUUUGUUGGAGGUAGACAAGUAACUGGAACAUUAAAAGGUUUUGAUCAAUUGAUGAAUUUAGUAUUAGAAGAUGUUAAAGAACAAUUAAGAGAUCCUGAAGAUGAAGAUACAUUGACUGAUAAAACUAGAGAUUUGGGGUUGGUAGUGGUCAGAUGUACGAGUUUAUUGACGAUAUCACCAGUUGAUGGCAGUGAAAUAAUUGAUAAUCCUUUUAUACAAGAAGAAGAAUAA